AUGGCGAUUCAGAAGAAACAUGGUAAAGGCCGUCUAGAUAAAUGGUAUAAACUCGCGAAGGAGAAAGGAUACCGAGCCCGAGCCGCCUUCAAGCUAAUCCAAUUGAAUAAGAAAUAUGGUUUCCUCGAGAAGAGUCGGGUCGUGCUGGAUCUCUGCGCUGCUCCAGGUUCAUGGUGUCAGGUUGCAGCAGAGACAAUGCCACCAAGCAGUUUGAUCAUCGGCGUUGACUUAGCGCCCAUCAAGCCGAUACCGAGGGUUAUUUCCUUCCAGAGCGACAUCACGACCGAUAAAUGCCGAGCCACAAUCAGACAGCACAUCAAACACUUGAAAGCUGAUACCGUCCUUCACGAUGGUGCACCCAAUGUCGGUGUGGCCUGGGUGCAGGAUGCGUUCUCACAAGCCGAGCUCGUCCUACAGUCUAUGAAAUUGGCUACAGAAUUCUUGAAAGAGGGAGGAACAUUCGUCACAAAGGUUUUCCGGUCCAAGGACUACAACGCCCUCCUUUGGGUGUUCAAGCAGUUAUUUACAUCCGUGGAAGCAACAAAACCACCUUCUUCCAGAAAUGUCUCGGCGGAAAUCUUUGUCGUCUGCAGAGGCUACAAAGCCCCAAAGAGACUGGAUCCUAAAUUCCUCGACCCAAAACACGUGUUUGCCGAAGUGCUGGCGCCAACGCCGAACAACGAAGCAAAAGUAUUCAACCCGGAAAAAAAGAAGAGGAAGCGAGAAGGGUACGAAGAAGGGGAAUACACGCAGCAUAAAGAAAUUGCCGUCAGCGAAUUCAUCCACACCACGGAUCCGAUUGCCAUCUUGGGAACAGUGAAUAAGCUGAGUUUCGAGCAGAAGGACAAUGGCGACCUCGCCUUAGCGACCUUGGACAGAUUACCCGAAACCACAGUGGAAAUCCGUAAAUGUUGUGAGGAUCUAAAAGUGUUGGGCAAGAAAGAAUUCCGAACACUUCUGCGGUGGCGUUUGAAAGUACGUGACAUUUUCGGCAUGUCAAGCAAAGCAAAGAAAGAGGAUCAAGCUGAGGAAGCCGAAUGGCAAGGAGAAGAAGUCGCAGAAGUGGAGCCUAUGGACGAGGAACUCAAAAUCCAGGAAGAACUCCAAAGACUUCGGGAGCAAGAGUCAAAGGCGAGGAGGAAGGACCGACGGAAAGACAACGAGAAGAAACGCAAAGAAACCAUCAGGAUGCAGAUGCACAUGACGACACCACAUGAUAUUGGUUUAGAACAGCAGGGUCCCAAUGGCGAAGGGUCGAUGUUCAAUAUCAAAGCCGCCGAUAGAGCCGCAGAUGCGACGAGGAUCACGACGGGCAGGAUGGAGGAUGUGGAGAAUCUCGAGUCUGAACCGUCGGAUGACGAAACAGACAAUGGAGCCGACUCCGAUGACGAGGCUGACCAGCUUGAGAGACAACUCGACUCUAUGUACGAGUCGUAUCAACAGCGUAGAGAGGAAGCCGACGCUAAAGCCCGCGCCAAAAAGGCAAGGAAGGAAAAGGAGACGGAUGAAUGGGGUGGAUUGUCAGACGAAGAGGACCAAGAUAAAGGCGGCGAUGCCACUGAUGCAGAGUCCAAUUAUGACAACGAAGAUGGAUAUUACACCAUGGCUGACCUUCCGAAGAGUGAAGGACUCUCAACCAAGGCAGCUAUGUUCUUCGACCAAGACAUCUUUCAAGACCUCGGGAUUGAGGAUGACGACGACAAGGACAGCGCAAUUGAACUGGACGACGAGUCAUCAGACCAGACACAAGCAAAAUCUGCGCCGGAGAAGAGCGCCGCUCAACCCACCAGUGCCAUCACCACCACCGCCGACGGCAAACCCCUCAAAUCGGCUCUUAAGAAAUCAAGCACCUCCACCGGCACACAACAGUCCCAACUUCCCAGACUCACCAAGAAAUCCAAAUCCAAACCCAAUGUCUACGAGUCCGAGAGCGACCCCGAGUCCGAACCAGCACCGUCUAAAUCCCAAACAGACCCCUCUGCAGGCAACACCACACCAGCACGGCCCGAAGACCCCCUCCUCCCUUCGGGGCACCUGGACAUCGACAUCAUCACGGCCGAGGCCAUGACACUGGCACAAUCGCUCGCCUCGCGGCAAACCCGCCCCACCGACCUCAUCGACGACAGCUUCAACAAGUACACGUUCCGGGACGUGGACGGCCUGCCGGAAUGGUUCGUGGACGACGAAGGUUCGCACUCCAAGCCGCACCGGCCCAUAACAGCCGCGGCCGCCGCGGCCAUCAAAGAAAAGCUUCGUGCGUUGAACGCCCGACCGAUCAAGAAAGUCCGGGAAGCGAAAGGACGCAAGAAGUUCAAGGCGGCGCAAAGACUCGAGAAGCUGAGGAAGAAGUCCGCGCUGUUGCUUGAGGAUGAGGGCGUGAGUGAGAAGGAUAAGGCAAGCGGGAUUGCGCGCAUGAUGGCGCGGGCGGCGAAGAAGGGAGGCAAGCAAAAGGAGAAGGUGAAGGUUGUAGUUGCCAGGGGUGGGAAUAAGGGGAUCGCCGGACGGCCGAGGGGCGUCAAGGGCAGAUAUAAGAUUGUGGAUGCUAGGUUGAAGAAGGAUGCGAGGGCCGAGAAGAGGUUGAAGAAGAAGAUGGGGACUAGGUGA